AUGUGUGGCGACACAGGAGGGGCGUCGUCCAGCCUGGUGGUGAAGUUUGCCGACACAGAGAAGGAGCGCGGCCUACGGAGGAUGCAGCAGGUGGCCUCCCAGCUCGGCAUCUUCAGUCCCAUGACGCUCAACUUCCCCGCGUACAACGCCUACACGCAGGCCGUCAACGCACAGGCCUUGGUCCAACAGCAGGCCCUGGUUGCCCAGUCAGCGUACUUGUCUCCGGUAGCAACAGUUGCCGCAGUACAGAUGCAGCAGAUGGCAGCCCUCAACGCCAACGGAAUCAUCGCCACGCCCAUUACACCCAUCACACCCUCAUCGGGUACCAACACCCCGCCCAGCAUGGCGGCAACGCCCGUGUCAGCACUUCACCAACAGCUAGGGGUCAACGGUUACAGCAGCUUGCCAGCCCCGACCAAUGGGCAACAAGCGACAGAGGCAAUCUACACCAAUGGAAUCCACGCAUAUCAAGCCCAGAGUCCGGCGGCGCUGGACCCCCUACAGCAGGCCUACACAGGCAUGCAGCACUACACGGCUGCCUACCCUGCCGCUUAUGGAUUGGUCGGACAGCCGUUCCCACAGCAGCCAACCCUGGUUGCCCAGCAACACCAGCAGCCCCAGCAACAGCAGCAGAGAGAAGGUCCAGAGGGCUGUAACAUCUUCAUCUACCACCUGCCGCAGGAGUUCAGUGACUCAGAAAUGCUGCAGAUGUUCCUGCCCUUUGGAAACGUGAUCUCGGCCAAAGUGUUUGUGGACCGUGCCACCAAUCAGAGCAAGUGCUUCGGCUUUGUGAGUUUUGACAACCCCUCUAGCGCUCAGGCGGCCAUCCAGUCCAUGAAUGGCUUCCAGAUUGGCAUGAAAAGGCUCAAGGUGCAACUGAAAAGACCUAAAGAUGCCAACCGCCCAUACUGAGAUGGGGCCAGAGAACAAAAGAGGAGAAUGGACGCCAGCGGCUUACACAGCGGCUGAGGUGGAUUUCCCAGGAUCCAAUGCUCUGUCAAACGGUCUCAUACCCUAUGAGUGAUAUCGGAUCGCAGUUGCCUACACACAUCUACACACACAAACACACAAAUCCGCACAUCCGCACAGACACACACACACACACACACACACACACACACACACACACACACACACACACACACACACACACACACACACACACACACACACACACACAC